CUUUAUCAAAAUGGCCAGGGGUCGCAUCUUUUCCCGCAGGCGCUGGAGCCCGAUCGCCCAACAUCCAGAUCACCAUCACUACCAGUCGACGGCUAUUCCCACCAUGCCCGACGUCGAGAUGGCUAGGACCAGAGAGCGGAGAGAGGACGACGAGGAGACCGAAUACCGUCCUCUGAACUGGAAGAAGAUCUUCCUGACGCCCAAGUAUAUCCCACUUCAUCUCUUGGGAAUUGCCAUCGUCGUGGCCACUGUCUUUAUCAGUCUUCACCAUGAUGAUGUUGUCCAGAAACUGCGGCCGUUCUCGGAAAAAGUUCGAUCAUUGCCGGGAGGGUUCCUGAUACCCAUCGCCAUUCUUGUUUUGAUCUCGUUCCCACCUCUGUUCGGCCACGAGAUCGUGGCGCUCUUGUGCGGCGUGGUGUAUGGUCUGUGGAUCGGCUUCGCCAUUGUUGCCGCUGGCACAUUCAUCGGAGAGAUCGGGACCUGGUUCGCGUUUAAGUAUACGUUGCGAAGAAAGGCGCAAAAGCUAGAGAGGACGAACCUCAACUACGGUGCUUUGGCACGGUUAACGCGCGAUGGAGGUUUCUGGAUUGUCUUCAUCAUUCGAUUCUCCGUUAUCCCGUCGCAUUUCUCGACGGCGGUGUUCUCGACCUGCGAUGUCAAGUUUUGGCACUUUGCCGUGUCGACUUUUUUGACGCUGCCGAAACAGAUCAUCCUGGUGUACCUCGGUGUUCUCCUCGUCGAGAAGCAGCAAAACAAUACCAUCAAGAACGUCGUGUUCGGUGCCACCGGCGUUCUGACCGUGGCUCUAGCUGUAUAUAUCUACAUCAAGAUGCGGAGCGUCAAGAAGACUUUGUUGAGGGAGCAGAGCGAACGGAAGGCGCACCGGGAGCUGUUGGAGCAGCAAAAGGCCGAGGCCGUCGUCGUCGAAACCGAAAUGGGGCCUCUCGAGCCCGUCGCAACGAGAACAGACAGACCGGGAUACCCGCAGUGGAUUUGAA